AUGCCUUACUACGGCUAUCGGGAGGGGUCGGACUCUAGUGGGGGUUGUUCGGAAUCGGACGGGGGUGAAUCGGACUCGGAGGGGGGGGAUAAGUACCGAGAGUACGGUGGGCCAGGGGCUACCCUUUCCUGGGUUUACCCCGGUUGCACUUCGGUAUCUGACGCAGGACACCAGGCCGAGGAGUUGGUGUCUCAAGCUGAUUACCAAUCCAUAUCCUUUUUAAUAUAA